GACGGAGUUACCAAACCGAACGACUAUCACAACUGCUUUCAUUCAGCCUUCAACGACGCUAGUAUAACAGUUGCGUGGUGGAGAGUGGAUCUGAGUGAGAUGACACAAAAUCAUGACGUCACCAUAUACUUCAGGACAGACUGGAAAGGGAGGUUACUCUAGAUCUGUCUGAUUCACGUGCAGUUGUCACGUGUUAAUCCUUUCCGCUCACGUUGCGCUAUAGACAGCAACAACAAUUUUUGCUCGCUCUGCACAAGACGUAUUCUCUCAAGAGUAACCGCCUUCCAGCUCGCUAUGCCACGCAAAAAGGAUGUUUCAAGAUCCGUAGGGUCGACAGGCAGGGCGUUUGUUAAGUCUAGAGGGGCUGGAAGGAAGAGGAAAGUUGUUCAGCGAGCGGACAGCGAGGUAGCGACGUCGGCCAAGCAGACAAGGAUUGCGCCCGCCAGUUUCGUCUCAACUACAGGUGAGUUAUCCCCCUUAGUUGUUGAUUCGUGUAGCAGGUCUGACGGCAGCAUAAAUAUUACAAGUGGUAGGUCUAGUAAUACUGAUAGUAGUACAGCUACAGUUAGAUUCCAACCAGUAGGCGAUAGGCCUAUUGAGCUUGAUAGCAGCGACAGCGGUACGCUUGCUAUGGCAACCGGCAUUAGUCAGUCACAGGGGCUUGGCGUGCAUGAUUUCUCAAAGUUUAUUGCUCCUCAGCCUACCGUUCUAUCCCAAGAUAACUUAGGUUCCAAUAUACCUCAAAAUAUCAAGGAGAAAAUUUGGAAAAAUGAGUAUGUGGAUUUAGGGAUCUUAACUAAAGGGCUAAGACAGGCGACCUAUGACAACAAACCAGUAGGAAUCAUGGGCCUCAAUGCACAAGGGGGUAUUGAGGUUAUAAGGCGCAAUUAUCCCAGAAUCAACACAAUCGAGGAAUGGACAGAUGCAUUCUUGAUAUUUGUCAGCAUUUAUGACCAGCAGUUUCGACUUCGCCAUGCUCACAAUCCUCACGAACCAUGGUCUGUCAUCAAUAAUGAACUCUGGCUUAUGUUUGCAACCCCAUCAUCAAGUGUUAGUAUCAAUCCAAUGAAUCCAUACUACGGGCAAGGUCAAGGCCAAGGCCAAGAUGUUAAGCCAAACAUGCGGGCAAAACGCCGGCUUCCAUGCUAUGACUUCAAUCUGACGAAAUGUAGCCGCAGUGUGUGCAGAUAUGCACAUGUGUGUACCAGUUGCAGUAAGCCUCACCCUUCCCGCCUUUGUAAGAAUAUGUCAAAGUUGGCACAUGUAAACUCCCCAAAUGGGAAAGCAACCUAGUUUUGCCUGAUAAAGGUAAAUCACCUGUCAAUCUGGAACAUUUAUCAGCUUUGUUAAAAAAUUACCCCGACAGAGAUACGGCUGAAUACCUAUAGGUUUUUUUUUGUUUUUGUUUUAGUUUGAAUUAUACAGGUCCAAGGGAAUCAUGUUAUUCCCAUAACUUGAAAUCAUGUACAGAACUACCAGAAGUAGUCAGGCAGAAAUUACAGAAAGAAAUUACAUCAGGUAGGAUGGCAGGACCAUUUAGUUUCCCACCACUUCCAAAAUUAAGGGUGUCGCCAAUUGGGCUUGUCCCAAAGAAAGAACCAGGAGAAUAUCGGUUAAUUCACCAUUUGUCAUACCCAGAGGGUACAUCAGUCAAUGAUUAUAUUGAUGAUGAGUAUGCCUCAGUUUCUGACACAAGUUUUGACGAAGCAGUGGACUUAGUCCACCAAUUUGGCAAAGGGGCAAUGUUAGCAAAAGCAGACAUUAAAAGUGCAUUUCGAUUAUGUCCAAUCAAUAAGCAAGAUUUUGAUCUCCUAGGUAUAUAUUUUCAGGAUAACUAUUAUGUAGAUAUGUGCCUCCCAAAGGGGUGCAAAGUAGCAAGUUUUAUACACUGGGCUACUCAAUGCAGGUUGAAACAAGGGGCAUUACUUCACUAUUUGGAUGACUUUCUUUUUGGUAGCUCACCUAACCCUAAUCAUUGCCAAGACGCACUUGACACCUUUUUGUUGCUAUGUCAGAAGUUGGGAGUUCCUAUUGCUAGUGAGAAGACAGUACUUCCAUGUACUUGUUUGACAUUCCUUGGAAUUGAAAUUGAUACAGUAACAAUGGAGUUGAGAAUACCGACAGACAAAAUCAAUCAAUGUAAAAACUUACUUCACGGGUUGGCAGAUCGUAAUAAAGUGAAAUUGAGGGAAAUGCAGUCACUUAUAGGUUUGUUAAACUUUAUCUGCCGAGCAAUCCCCAUGGGACGCCCAUUUUCAAGACGAUUUAUAGAUUCAACAAGAAAUAUAAAGAGAGCAUAUCAUCAUAUCAGGCUGACAAGAGGGAUGAAGGAAGACAUUAAUACAUGGCUGGAAAUUUUAAGCUGUCACAAUGGUAUUACAGUGUUCCCAGACCAAUACUGGAUGUCAAGUGACACUCUACAGUUAUUUACAGAUAGUGCGGGUGGAGAGCAUUGUGGAUUUGGUUUGUACUUCAAAGGCAGGUGGGCAGCUGGAUUAUGGCCCAGGGAAUGGAGACUCCAAGGUUACACCAUGUUGUAAUAAACUGCGCCCAUAUUCUAUUCCACACAAAUAUUGCGUUUGUUGUUUUUACUGUUUAUAGUGAAGCUUCACAAAGGACCAUAUGUUGCUCAAGGUUCAAUAUUUGUUAAGUUUAGCAUAUUACCUUGUCAGGAUGAUAAAUAAUUUUAUUACAUCUUCAGUAUAAUAAUAAAAUUCAAUUAUCAACUGCCGGUUUCAUUUUAUAGGGAAAGGGAGGUUACUCUAGAUCUGUCUGAUUCAGUUGGAGUUGUCACGUGUUAAUCCUUUCCGCUCACGUUGCGCUAUAGACAGCAACAACAAUUUUUGCUCCCACCCACCCUCCCUGAUUGUUGCAUAUUGUGUUUCAGUUGUACUUUUCAAUGUGUACAUGCAUAUGUGAAAUUUAUGCUUGCUGCUGCUGUUUAACAUUGUGUUUCAGAACUGUCUGCUGAAUGACCAUCUCCGGAUCAGUCUUGCACAACUUGGUUAAACCAAGUACGGUAAUUAAUUGAGAUGGACAAUAGUAGCAGUUCUAAAUCCUCCUUGCUACCUGGAGGGAGGUUAGUCUUCAGAUAAAGUUCGUCGGAAUGGUAUCCAGAUCUACAUAGCUGAAACUGACGCCUCCCCACCUGCCGGAGACAAUUGCUACAACGUGACAGGGAAGGAGGACGGGACAGACAUACCUGAUGUUUUGAACGUCACGUGUUCUGGUAAAGGGCGCUAUCUAGUGCUGUACACAACUGUAAAAAACAGAGGUGACACAGUACCUAGUAUGGAUUUCUGUGAAGUGCAGGUUGACGUUUGCGGUCCUGGUGCUUUCGGCUCUGACUGUGCCAACUACUGCCACUGUGACGGUGAGGUGUGCGACUACGUGAGCGGCGUCUGUCCGAGUGGAGACUGUCUCCCAGGCUGGCAGCAAGACAAGUGUGACACAGAAUGUACCCCAGGCGAUUAUGGAGCAAAGUGUAGUCAGAAAUGCUCUAAUCGGAACUGCAAGACCGACAACUCUAGGUGUGACCACGUGACAGGGGAGUGUGCUGGGGGUUGUUUGACAGGGUGGAAUGGAACAGACUGUACACAGAAAUGCCUACUUACCUACGGGGACGACUGUGCUAACAUGUGCUCUGACAGACAAUGCAAUGAGACAUCGACAUGCGAUCACGUGACCGGGAAGUGUGAAAGCGGCUGCAAACCCGGAUGGAAGGAAACUGACUGUACAAUAGAGUGCAUCCAGGGCAUAGAGUACGGAUCUGGCUGUGUUGGUAACUGCAGUGCCCGGAUGUGUGAUGGAGGGUCAGGCUCCUGUCCCAACGACACAGGCCAGUGUAAUUCAGUCUGUCUGUCGGGGUGGCAGGGAGAAGACUGCGCAGAGGUUUGUAGUCCUGGUUCAUUCGGUGUUAACUGUACAAGACAAUGUGGCCAGUGUCGUGACGACAACUGUCACCAUAUCAACGGAACCUGCCUUACUGGCUGCAGUGAUGGGUGGACUUACAACACAUGUACACAAAAACAGGUUGAAGCCUCAACGUCCAAUGUAGGUGUCAUAGCAGGCUUUGUAGUUGCCGUAAUCGUUGUAGCAGUAAUCGUUGCUGUCGUCGUUGUCUUACUCAGAAGACGGAGAAGUCAACAUUCAAAGAAAACAGAUAAGCAUGCAGAUAUGUUCCGAGAGCAGACAGAGAACGGCGCUUAUGGAAGAAGGGCAGGUAAUCAGAAACCACAAAUAAAGCCCAAACCUGCCAUACCUGCCUCGUCAGGUAAACAGCGUUAUUCUAAAGACAAAGAUCAGGAGGAAGAGGACUGUGAUGAGGAUGUUCAGUCUCCUGACAACUGUUACUACAACGCAGAGGCCGAUGCCGCCAUAAGAGACGUCGCUGUGUCAGAACUAGCUGCGAUGGUGGCAACACUUAAGGAGAGAAAAGACGGAUUUGAAAAAGAAUAUCACCGAUUACCAGCAGGGUUCACCGCGCCGUAUCAAGACUCCCAGAAACCUGAGAACAGCGGCAAAAACAAGUUCAAAGGCUACUACCCAUACGACCAUAACCGAGUCCGCCUGACACCCCUCCCAGACACUCCCGGAUCUGACUACAUCAACGCAAGUCUCAUGCACAGCUACAACAGGAGGAAGACAUACAUUGCGUCUCAAGCUCCCAACAAGAAGACAGUGGGAGACUUCUGGAGAAUGAUCUGGGAACAUUCCUGCAGCCAUGUGGUCAUGUUGACUGGUCUUACGGAGGAGUCUAGGAUCAAAUGUGAACGAUACUGGCCGACAGGUGGCGUCAUGGACAUUGGUCUCUUCAAAAUAGAGGUGGAGGUAACACAAAGCCGCGCGAACUUCACAACGAGACACAUGAAAGUCACGUCCAACACAACAGGAGAGUUUCGGUCAGUUGUCCAGUUCCACUUCACAUCCUGGCCUGACCACGGUGUUCCCGACAUUCUCGCUCUCGUGAAAUACGUCUGGCUGGUCAGACAGACAGUUGCAGAGACAGAUGGACCUCUGCUUGUCCACUGCAGCGCGGGUAUUGGACGUACAGGUACAUACAUCGCCGUGGACUCCCUGAUAGACCAGGCUCAGGGGGAGGGGGUGGUGGAUGUUCUGGGGUACGUGUCCGUCAUGAGGGGACAGAGGAAGAACAUGAUACAGACUCCAGCACAGUACGAGUGUGUCUUCCUCUGUCUGGUGGAGAUGACGAAAUAUGGCUGCACCAGCAUGGACGUCUCCAACUACACUAACAGCUACAGCUGCAGUGACAUGGACACCAUCAUUGACGGAAAGACUUUCAGACAAUUGUCAGAGAUGCUGGUAUCAGAGGCGCGAGAAGAUGCUCCGACCCGACACAGAAUGUGGGUGGAUGGUAACCCUGACUUCAUUGUCCGUGUAGGACCGUCAUUGACGUGUCUAAGGGGGUACCUGCAAGCAACUGCUCCGCCGCCGGGAUUGGUAAAGUUGUUAUGGAAACUGGUAGAAGAGAACGAUGUCCACAACAUCAUCGUCGUCACUCCAGAUAUGGGGCUUGUGCAAGCAGAGGGCAGGUCAAAGACGCACGGGGAGAUUACUGUGACAACAACGAGUCAAACCAACCUGUCGACUGACCUCACCAUGAGCAACUUGACGCUAGCUACAAAAGCAGGCAGACCACGGCAAGUGAAGAUUGUCGACGUUAAUGCACACUUAACUAUGGAAGCUAUGACAUCACACUUGUUGAACCACGCUCAACUGCAAAAAACAUCAACUCAACCCCACCCUGUUGUUAUUGUUCACAGCGACAAUGACCGAAAGCUUGCUGUCUCAUUCUGCAUUAUGGGUAAUAUUCUGUCCGGUAUUCGUGAGGACACUCGUGUUGACGUCAUCGGUCACAUGAGGACAUUCCUCAGAUGUUGCCCUGACCUGCAGUUCACCCAGAGUGAUGUGCAGAUGUUUCAUGACUUCGCCCAGCAGUGUAUUCUGAGAACGGACCCAGCAAAUACCUAUGCCAACAUCUGAACUUUACACCACACUGUCUCAAUGGACCACAUAACACCAGCACAUAUGGUCCAAACUUAUGACCAAACAUUGCGCUAACACCAUUGCUGAUUUGCGAACGUUCUACUAGUCUUAAUAUACGUAUAUAUACUCACAGACAGUAGGCUAAUGUCAUACAUAUAGUAUUAUUAUAACAAUUAUUACUGCAGUGACAGGAAUCGAAGGAAUGGAUUGCCAGUGAUGUCACGGAGACUAAUAUAUACAGACUCUACAAGAAAUCGAUGCUCUGUACAUGUAUGAUCACAUCUUUUUUCGCAUUUUGACUAGCAGCAUAUUCAAUAUGAAUUGAGAAUAAUGGACUUCUUAUUUAGACAGAAAGUCAUCUACCUAUGCAAAACCAUUAACCUAUAUGUAUUAUUGCUAAUCGUCUAUAUUCUUCUUUAAGUUGUGUAUUAUUUGUUUGUGUCAUUAUCAUAAUGCAUUCUUACAAUGUUACUAUGCAACAAAUGUUAGAUUUCUUAUUUGUGUUGUUUCACUGCAAACUAUACCACCUCUUAUCACAUGAAACUGUUAUCACUUAAUCAAAUCUCACGGACACAAUAGGGAGACGAGUAGUCUUAGGCAUGAACAUCCUGUUUUGUUACGACACGGCGCUCAGUGACUAAAGGUCAAACGGCAAGAGAUGACGCUUCAGUGACAAAAUGAUGCGUGUUGCAAUUCCAAAUUUUGACUUUUAUCGCAUAUUUCCAUAAUUAUUUGGGUGACCACUUAGCUUGGUUUUACAUGUGUUUGUGACCAGUGCCACUUUUGAAACACCUGGUUUCAUCACGAUUUGAUUGUGAUUCAUAAACACGUGCCUAUGAUACAGCUUAAAAACUUAGUUUAAAACGAACUCUGUCCAUAAAUAAUACGACUCCAAAACAUGGUAUUUAAUGAAGGAAUAUCACCUUUUAAGUAUCCAUAUACAUUUUAAUGGAAUCCAUAAUUUUAUAUAGAUGCUUACUUCUUUCACAGGAUUUAACAUAAUUUCGUACUAGUUCCACUGAAUUGCACAUACAACCGUACUAGUUCCACUGAAUUGCACAUACAACCGUACUAGUUCCUCUGAAUUGCGCAUACAACCGUACUAGUUCCACUGAAUUGCACAUACAACCGUACUUGUUCCACUGAAUUGCACAUACAACCGUACUAGUUCCACUGAAUUGCACAUACAUCCGUACUUGUUCCACUGAAUUGCACAUACAACCGUACUUGUUCCACUGAAUUGCACAUACAACCGUACUCGUUCUAGAGAUUUCCACAUAUUUUCGUACUGGUUCCACUGAAUUGCAUAUAUAUUCGUAUUAGUCCUACUGAAUUGCACAUAGAUUCGUACCAGUUCCACAGAAGUGCACGUUCAUUCGUACUACUUCCACAGAGUUGCACAUACAAACGUACUUGUAGCUACACAUUUCGUCAAUAUAAAGUCAUGAACAGUAUGCUGUAAAGGAGUACCAACAAGACCCUCAACUAAAUUUGAACAAAAUAGUUUGUCGCAGGCUAUUAUAAAUGUUAUAAAGUAACUGUUCAUCAACAUUGAUGUAUAUAAGUGCACAUAUUGACGCCGACAUCAUUCGAAUUCUACUGUUUACGAUUGGUUAUCAACAUUUUUAACAAGUUUGCAUUAGGUAAAAUAAAACGCCCUGCAAAUGCAUAUAUGCAUCAUACAUGUAUAUAAUGUAUGUACAUCGUAUUUGUACGUUAUUUAUGCACAUCAAUAACGUACGUCUAUACGUCAUAUAAGCACAACAUCAAUGACAUACUUCAUGGAUGCGCAUAGUGGAUGUACGUAUAGAUGUGGGCAUAAGCAGCACCUCCCCAACCCUGACUCCCCAUCCCUCCGAACGCCUCAGCCCAAGCCUGUAAACUUACCAGAUGUUUUGUUUAGGUGAAGUUUGCCUCUCCUUCCCGAUUACCAGUAAGAUAUCCGAUAUACGAAAGAUUGCAAUAUUCCGGAUGAUGAUGUGUAAAGGUUUGUUUUAGCUGGUUAACCUUCAAUGUUAACAUGUCAAAAUGAGUCUGUGCUGAUAUUGAAACCAAAAUAUAAUUUAAAUAUCGUCACUAUCAAAUCGUUGUAUUUUCUUUGAUAAAUUCUGUUUUUGUGUGCUUGGCCAAAAAAGAUUGUUUGAUUUGUAAAUGUGACGUAUAGUUCACUGGAUAUAUUAAUAUAUAUCAUAAAUGUCUUUUACUAUCAGUGUGUCUAUUUGCUACUUUUCCGCUUUUUGCAAUAAAAAAAUAAUUUAUG